AUGACUACAAUUGCGGCCCUUCACUCAGACAUUAUCGAAACUCAUUUGUUAGCUAAAUUUGAUGGCCCUUCUCUGGUCUCUGCUGCUUCUACUUGUCAUUUCUUAAACACUCUCUGCAACAAAGAAAGCUUGUGGGAAGACAUUUGCAAUUCCACAUGGAACUCCAUCAAACAUCCUCUUGUUCGACACACCAUCUCUUCCUUUCCUGCUGGCUACCGCUCUUUUUACUCCGACUCCUUCCCUCUUCUGCGUGCUAACAUUGGCCAAAGAAUGCUCCGCGGUCAUGCUCAUGCUCAUGCCUCGGAGCUGAUAUCAGCUGUUGAUAUACACUUUGAGAAUAAACCACUUUACUCCAAAGUAAUUGUCAACUACACGAAUACUAAUACGAGUGCUCCUUGCUUUCCUGGAUCAUUAUUCUCUGUUAAUUUGAUUGAAUGUAAGGAAACUGUGGAAAUUCCAUUGGAAUACCAAGGUAAUGAGAAUGCAUGCAUGUCAAAGCUCGAAGAAGGCUUGAGACUCAGCUGGAUUGUCAUUGAUCCGGCUCUGAAACGAGCAGCUAACGUGUCGAGUUUGAGGCCUGUUUCUGUGAGGCCAUAUCGGGAUGGUAUAAAAGUUAUAUAUGCCACAUUUCUCUCUGGUGACUGCUGUGGCAUUCACACAACGGAGCUUGUUGAAUGCAGGAUUGUGACUAUUUUUAAGUGUGAUGAAGGAAAAAUGUUAAGACUGAGAGAGGUGAGUUUGUGUGUGGUGGACAUGGUUAGGACACGAUUGGACCGGGGAAGGAGUUUAAGAAUAUUAGAGGCGGCGAUGGAGAGGGCGGAUCGAAAGAAAGAGAACGGAGAUGGGAAGAAAAUGUAUGGCAAGUACCUAGAGUUUAAAAGAAAGAAGAAAGAAGAACAGAAGAGGAGGCGGGACAGGAUAUAUGUUGUUCUCUGGGUUUUUCAGGCUAUUAUCUGGGUAUUUUUCGCCAUUUCCUUGAUUAGUUUGCUCUAUCCUGCUUAA